GCUGUGGCGAGGGGGUGAAGCGGCCGAGCGGUGGGGGCGGUGUGGCAGACGCUGGGGGGGUCGGGAUUGCUUCGGGUUUGUCGCCAUGUCUGAGGCCGCGUUCCAGAAGGCUGCUGAGGAGGUGAAGCAGCUGAAGUCCCAGCCCACCGACCAGGAGAUGCUGUACAUCUACGGCCACUACAAACAGGCCACGGUGGGCGACGUGAACACGGAGCGCCCUGGUAUGCUGGACUUCAAAGGCAAAGCAAAGUGGGAUGCCUGGUAUGCAUUGAAAGGAAUGUCCAAAGAAGAUGCAAUGAAAGCUUACAUAGCAAAAGUGGAAGAACUAAAGGGCAAAUACGGCAUCUGAGGACUGGAUAUAGCAGCCACUUGCACACCUGAAACAUGCCUUAUUUCUAAUACUGUGGAAAACUGGUUUCUGAUAAAAUUUUUAAAUACCGAGUAUGUAAUAGUUGGCUCUCCUCAUGCCCAUAGUUCAGGGGAAGCUGUGUACCCAACUAAUGUACUGACACAUCAUAAAUUCCUGCUGGGAACAAGAUCUGGAACUCAUUAAAGUGCAUUUGGUACUUUA